CAAAAUGGACCCAUAUCUGUAACUCUAGGAUUAUAGCUGUCCAAGACUCCAAGUAAUAUUAAGAAUUGAAAGUAAUAGUGAAAGUGGACUUUCAGUAUUCCCUCGUAACUAGAUGUAUGUAUGGGUAUUCCAAGGGUACCGAUUUUAUGAGAAUUAUCAUCUUGUAGUUAGACAUUCUAUCGAGUAAAUCUCAAUAGAAUAUGUCACGAAAUCCACUUGUUUUAUUCCUAAGAUAUAAAGAUGAGAUUUAGCACUGUUUUGAAGCCCAUAUUGCAUUUUUUUUUGAUUGUGAAGGAUUGCAGCUAAUAUGUUCACGUGACUUGAAGGUUCUAGAGAGACUCAAUUCAAUAUAUUUAGAGAAACAAUCACGUUUGCCGUUAAAGAGUAUAAGUUAGUUUGCAAGACCAUUAAUUGCAAAAAACGCAUAAUACUAAUAAGAUAUCAAAUAUGUCAUAUCAAGUGGUUUAUGGGAUGAAAACAGUGAAGGUUGCUUGCCCAGCAACCUCUACUGUCAAUCAAUUGAUGGAACUUUCGAAGGCAAAGUUGAAACUUGAUACCAAUACUUUUAUUGAUUUAUCAUAUAAGAACCAAGUAUUAGACUCUCUGCUACCACUAAGAUUGACGAACGUCCCCAAUAAUGCCAAACUUACCCUUUCAAUUGCUACCUCAACACAGAAAGAAGUCACUAUUAAAGUAUUGGUUACAUAUCCUCCAACUAUUGUCAAUCAAAAGAAUACUUUUAUUCAAAAAAUCGAUAAUAAUAAAACCAUAAAAGAAUUGUUAAACCAUAUUGAAAAAGAUUCUGGUAUUAAGCUCUUAAACGUUAGCGAAGGUACUUCUGCUCAGUUACAAAUACUUAACCUGAAGAUCGAUGAAGUCAAUUUCAACACAUCUAAAAUCAUAAAUCUUGUGGGACACUCCACUACAUCUAUGGUCAUUAGACUCACAUAUAUACUGGCUAGCAGUAAAGCUGAUGGAUUAAAGAGAAAGGAAGAACAAGAUAAAAUAAAUCAACUACAAUUACAACAACAAUAUACUCGAAACCAAUUGAAACGUGAAGAAAAUGAAAGGAAAAGAGAACUCGAAGAAAGCACAGAGAUUGAAAGAAGUAAUGAAGAUGUUAAUAUGGAGGAAAAUCAGGAGAAGGAUAGCGUCGAAGCGUCAAUUAAUAAGAAUCAUAUCGAUAUUCCAAGUCAGAAUAAUACAUCCAAUGAAUCAACCAUGCAAUCUACUCCAUCUACUCAAUCAAUCGAGAAAACUAUUUCAACCAUUUCAGCUGAAAAUAUUGAACCCGACCAACCAAGUAAUACACCAGAAGAAGAAUUGGAUGAUCUGAUCUAUUUACCAUCAUCUGAACACAUUAAUCAUCAAUAUGAUCAUAAUGAUUCUGCAUAUGAAUUAACUGUUGCUCAAGCUCAAACAUAUCAUAAUCUCAUCACAAAAUCAAUGAGACCACAGAAACCCAAACCUAGAAACGUGCCAAUCACUAUUCCAGAACGUUAUCUAGUUCGAAUUAGAUUCCCAGAUAGAACUACUCUUCAAUUGAAUUUAGAAAAUGGUCCAACAGUGAAACUCGGAAAUCUUUUGAAGAAACUUGAUGAUUUCCUAUUACCACAACAUAAAAAUUCAUUCAAUUUAAAAUUUAGUUACCCUCCAUUUACAACAAUUCCUAUAUCAUUUUUGAAUAAUGAUAAAUAUUUACAUCAACUUAAAAUCUCCAAGAAUUCUUCAGAUAUAUUCACCGAACGGACGUCAUUAAUUUGGGAAUCUACUUCGGCAAUCCCUGGACCAUUCAUCAAUCAAGAAUCAGGAAGGGUGAAACAGAAUUCAGAGAGGGUUGAAGUUCAAUUGGAAAAUAGAAGAGGUGACCUACCAGAUGAACCUAAAGUAUCAAAUGAAUUAAAAGUAGAACCAAAUAGUGGAUCUUCUUCCAACAAGAAGGAGGUGAAGAAAGGUGUCCCAAAGUGGUUGAAAUUUAGUAAAUAA